AUGAUACUGUUCGGACGGAACAAGGGCGGAACAACCCCAGAAUGGCAAGGGACUCGGGAGUCUGCCGCCAGUUCUGACGACCUCCUCCGAGUCACCACUGUCGCAUACAUUGUACAGUUUUCUAGUUAUAAUCACAACAAGCUUCCACUGCACGAACCAGCUGCAACAUGCAGAGCGCCCUUGAAGGGUAUUUUACCCGAUCCAGACUCCUACCCGUCGGCAGAGAGCCCCUGGCAUCCAACAGCCACAGAGACCAAAUACAACUUCUCCGAUGAUCUACCGAAACUUUUGAUUACAGGCUACUUACUUGCAGGCUACUUACUUGCAGGCUACUUACUUGCAGGCUACUUACUUGCAGGCUCCCUUCCACCCGAUACUGGGGAGGUUUGGCUGACUUUUGUGCAUGUCUCCGGUUUACUAAGCAUUACAAGUACCGCCCUUACCUCCCCAGUACCGGGUGGGAGGGAGCCUGCAAGGUGUGACACGGAUAUCCACCCGGGUACCACCCGCGGACGGAACGUGGGAUGGAUGCCCGAGUUACCGCACCAAGCUGGCGCUGCCUCUGGCACGCCUCGAAACCUCACCGGUACCCCCACGCCAGAGUAUAACCUCCGGAGGUCCAAGCUCCUACCACUUCCUACUUUCGCCCAGUCACCAGGAAAAUGUCGGAGUGUUUAUUUAGUUUGUAGGCCAUAUAAGAUGGAAGGAUCUCAAAACGAGCAAUACGUCGAAGUCAUUGCCGUCCGAGUUGCCGUUCGCGGGUUGUCCUGUGUGCCGGAGGAUGGCGGUGAUACCAGUGCAGGCUCGUAUUUUGAAAUACCUGGCCAUGGUGUGCCAGAGGAUGGCGGUGAUACAAGUGCAGGCUUGUAUUUUGAAAUACCUGGCCAUGGUGUGCCAGAGGAUGGCGGUGAUACAAGUGCAGGCUCGUAUUUUGAAAUACCUGACCAUGGUGUGCCAGAGCAUGGCGGUGAUACCAGUGCAGGCUCGUAUUUUGAAAUACCUGGCCACGAUGAUGCCGAUAAGAUACGCGAGCAGUACAACUCUUCAUACCUGCAGACCUGGCAGCGGCUGAGGCCGAUGUUCAAUAACACCGUGACGGCGUGUCCACCGGACACUGUUGUCAGCGGCAUAAUGUAG